GGUGGGCUUCCUCUGUGGUUCUGUACCCUCAUAUUUUAUCCAAUUCUAGAAACCGAGGAAAACUCGCGUCUCGUUGAGGACUGCUAGUUAAACUGAACCCGCUACUCCUAACUAUUUAAACUCACGACUUCACUGCAGAGACUGGAGCAUAAUCUACAGGAGGCAGUUCCACUGCCCGGCGCAUGCCACCAUAAGAGAGAGAGAGAGAGAAGGAAUUGCACAAGUCCGAAAAGCAGCACAAACGGUGUCGUCUUGUCUCUGGAGAAAUGGCAGAGGUGGUUUCGCUCAUGGACAUCGACGACGACAACGACAACGACAACAGCCACUCUCUGAAGCUCAACAGCAAGGGCAAAAAUGUUGUCGUUUCAGCUGCUCCACCGGACUCGAAAGCCACUCCGUGGGUCGAGAAGUACCGCCCUCAUUCUCUAGCCGACGUCGCCGCUCACCGUGAUAUUGUUGAAACCAUUGAUAGAUUGGCAAGUGGGAACAGAUUACCCCAUUUGCUACUGUAUGGACCGCCUGGAACAGGGAAGACAUCCACUGUUUUGGCACUGGCUCGGAAGCUCUAUGGCACCCAGUUGCCAAACAUGGUUCUAGAGCUGAAUGCAUCUGAUGAUCGUGGAAUUGAUGUGGUGAGGCAGCAGAUUCAGGACUUUGCAAGCACUCAGAGCAUCUCCUUUGGAGCAAAGUCGGCUGUGAAAUUGGUUUUAUUGGAUGAGGCAGACGCCAUGACUAAGGAUGCACAAUUUGCUCUUCGCAGAGUGAUUGAAAAAUACACAAAAAGCACUAGGUUUGCUUUGAUUUGCAACAAUGUCAACAAGAUCAUACCAGCAUUACAAUCAAGAUGUACACGGUUCCGCUUUGCUCCUCUGGAUGCUGUCCAUGUGACUGAGAGGCUUAAACAUGUAAUUAAUGCUGAAGAGCUUGAUGUUCCUGAAAAUGGUCUGAAAGCUCUUGUACGGCUGAGUAAUGGUGAUAUGAGAAAAGCCUUGAAUAUUUUACAGUCAACGCAUAUGGCUUCUCAGCAGAUCUCAGAGGAAGCUGUGUACUUGUGCACUGGAAAUCCUCUGCCUAAGGACAUAGAACAGAUUUCCUACUGGCUCCUGAAUGAGCCCUUCACCACUAGCUGCAAAAGAAUAUCUGAAAUCAAGACCAGAAAAGGGUUGGCUCUGGUAGAUAUUGUGAGAGAAGUAACCAUGUUUGUUUUUAAGAUCAAGAUGCCAUCCGAUGUCCGCAUUCAGCUUAUUAAUGAAAUGGCCGAAAUCGAAUACAGGUUGAGUUUAGCAUGCAAUGAUAAGUUGCAGCUUGGAUCACUAGUUGCUGCUUUUACACAAACUAGAGCUUCGCUAGUUGCUGCUGCAAAAUAAUGAAGUUGAAGUGUUCUGACGAAUGUAUUUCAUCUAUCAGUUGCAAAAUCAAUUAUAUGAUGCUUUUUUAUGAUGAUCACAGUCCAGUAGAUGCAAAUGGUUGGGUACUUAUCUUGUGUCUCUCGCACUGUCAGCAGCAAUGUGUGUUCUUUGUCUUAGUUAUCUAUGGUAUAUAGGCUAUUCUUCCUUGCAGCACCAAGAAAACACCAUGAAGUUACCAUGAAAGGUCUGCAAUGGAAUUUUGCAUGAUUUUCUGCUGUUUUCUUUACAAUGGUCCAACUUCUUGACAUUUAUAAUAUCUUGUGUGAAUCAGGA